UGCUUAUUUUAUCAAUAUUCUAUUUUAUUUCACAUUCGCCGAGCUUUCUCUUUAAUAUACAACAUUUUUAAUUAAUUUUCAAGUAAAAGUAAUGGCCAGCAAAAAUCUGAAAGCGAUUAAGAAACCUUUCAGAAACAAGGGUGAUCAUAAACCAUCAGAAUGCAACCAUAAACUUCAUGAUCAAUACAUUCAUUAUAAACCUGCAAAAGCUACAGAAGGCAAAAUAAUGGUUAGCAUACAUGAACCGGAUGGAACUCGAGAAUUAAUUGUACCUAACAAAGAUCCGCUCGAUAUUCCGGCUAUAAUUCCACAAUCAGAAUUUGAUAGGCUUGUUAAACAAGGACAUUUUUAAUAUAAUUCAAUAGGUGGUGACAAAAGCGGGAAAACAAGCAAUGAUUGAAAAAGCUGAGGCGGAAAAGAUCCGCAUACAAACUGAGAGCCAACUUCGUAAAGAUCGCUUAGCGAAAGCGCAAAUAGAUCAAAAUUUAAAAAUGGGGAAAUUAGGCAAGGUUGAAGAUGAUGCGAAUGCUAAAAAUAAUUAUCUUCUUCAAAGAGCGCAGAAAUUACGCCAGGAACAAGAAGAAGAAAUAAAAGAGAUGAAUAGUGCUAUUCUUGCUUGUAAAUGUAUGGUGAUAAGAGAGGCUCAAGUUAAGGAAAAAAUUAAAAUCAAAGAAGAGUGGGAAGCGGAAGAAAAAAGAUUAGACGCCAUGGUUGAACAAGAAAGACAACGAGCCAUAAAAGCAGAUGAAGAGAAACAUGAAAAAGAAGCUGCUGAAAUGAAAAAAUUCGUAAAUCAAAUUAAUCAACAACUAAAAGAAAAUUAUUUGCAAAAACUGGUUGAAGCUGAAAAGUUGGAAGAAGAAAGUCGUUUAAUAAAUAAAGCAGUGAUUGCAAUGCAAAAAGAAGAUGCUGAAAAGUUGAGGCAAAAAGAACUUGCUCAAAAGAAAGCUCAAGCUGAGUUAGUUGUGGCAAACGAAAAUUUGGAAGUUUUUAAGAAAGUUCGAAUAGAAGAAGAACGAAUACAAGAAAUGAGACUUCAAGAAUUUUUGAGAAAAAAACGUGAAAGAGAAGAUGCUAGGGAAGCGGAAUUAGCGGCGUUAAAAGCUGCGAAAGAAAAAGAAAUCGCGAGGAUGAUGGCUAGUCAACAGGGUGCUAUGGAGCUUCAAGCCGCUCAAGACGAAUUGAACGCGCGACGAAUUCAAGAAGAAACCGAAAAGAAAUGGAGGGAAGAGGCUAAAGCGGCCAUUGAAAAGAAAAAGGCUAAAGAUCAAGAAUUAGUUGAAGGUAGAAGAAAACAAAUUGAUGAAAUUCGUAGAGCUCAAGCGUUAGAAUUGGAAAGAGACGAACAAGAAUUUCAUGAAGUUGCUAAAGUACAGCAAAAAUUAUAUGAAAUUGAACGAGAUUCGAAGGCAAGUAAACAUAUGGCGGCUGUUAAACACCGAAAAGAAUUGCUUAAACAAAUUAACGAAAAAGAACGCGAAAGGAUUUGUAUGCACCAACUGAAAUUUAAGGAGGGCGAAGCGCUCCGUUUAGAACAAGACCUUAGAUCACUGAAACUUAAAGAAACGAUGAACGAAAAGAUUGAAUAUUUGAAAGAACAUAAAGUUCCACAUAAAUAUAUUUCGGAUCUACAAAGACAAUUUAAAUUACCGUAAAUGAUUUCUUUUAUAACCAUUUUUAUAUCAUGAUUUAUUUGAAAAUUAAUAAAUAUUGUAAAAGUAA